AUGGCGGGGGAGGGAGGAGGGAAGAAUGAGAUUAAGACCCAGUUUACCACCCAUGAGGGGCUGUACAAGCUGCUGAGCCACUUGGAGUACAGCUGGCCCAACAGGGUGCCCUUCAAUUCGCAGGGCUACAAUCCCGUCUGUGUCUCCUUUGUCAACGCCAACGACCGGAGUGGCAACAGCAACUGGCGCUGCUUCAAUGUGGGCCGGGAGCUCUACUUCUAUAUUUACAAGGGGGUCCGCAAGACUGCUGACUUGAGUAAACCAAUAGAUAAAAGACUAUACAAAGGAACACAACCUAUGUGUCAUGACUUCAAUCAUUUAACAGUCAUGGCAGAAAGUGUUUCUCUAUUAGUGGGCUUCUCUGCAGGCCAGGUGCAACAUAUAGAUCCUAUUAAAAAAGAAACUAGCAAAUUAUUUAAUGAGGAGCUCGAUUCUCUACUGAUGUGCGAGCGAGCUCGGAGAGAAGAGACUGGUGCCAUUUGA